AUGGAAAUCCUAAUUGAUGAUUAUCAUCAUCAGCCAUGCCACUCCGAGGCCUCCAACAUUUCUGCCACAUCACAAGAAUCACCCCCUACCAAACCCAAUCUUGAUGCCAAGAAGAAGGAGAAAAUCGAGGAGGGAUCCGCCUCGAAGCACGAGACGACGUCCCGUCUUGUGCUUGAUCUCAAGUUGGCCAGCGAUGAUGAUCACUUGACAUAUAAUGGUAACCCUAGUUCAAAACUCGAGCUCAAUCUCUUCAACUCUUCCGGUGCUGCUGCCAGUGAGUCGUCCAAUGAUGGCUUCCGCAAGCAGUCGGAGCCUAAGGUUUUCACAUGCAACUUUUGUAGGAGGGAGUUUUCGACUUCUCAAGCGUUGGGGGGGCACCAAAACGCCCACAAGCAAGAGAGGGCGUUGGCCAAGCACCGCCACGGUGUGGUGGAUAUGACGGGGUCCGCCACUGGCCCUCCACCAUUUGGCCACCACUCGGGCUACCCCUACUACCCUACGUACUCAACAUUCUCACAACUACCUUUCUAUGGAACUUUCAAUAGGUCACUUGGGAUUAGGGCGGAAUCUAUGAUUCAUAAACCCUACACCUACCAUCCUCCCACGUGGUCGUCCUCCUCCUCAUCCCCUUACAACAGCUACCGAUUUGGUCAUGAAAAGGUUGCUAGAACUUACAUGAUAAGCCCACCAUCAUCGACAUCAUAUGACAGAUCAAGGGUGGAGAACUUUCACACACAUCAAAUUAGUGGUAGUGGAUUAGGGCCAACCCUAAAUUUAGGACUUGAUCCUAAACCUAACCCUCUCAGUGAUGCAUACUGUAAUCCAACAACAACCAAGAUUGACGAAGGGAAUAACAAUCAAGGACUACGAUUGACCAGUAAUCUUGACGAUGAAACGGACCCUUCAGGACUUGAUUUGAAUCUUAAGCUUUAA